AUGUGGUUUAGUGCUGCUGCUUUGCUGUCAGCCCUUCCGCUGUUGGCCCUGACAGCACCGGUAGCAGACAGCAAACCUCGAAUUGAUUACGACGCCAUUAUUGUUGGCGGUGGUCCUGCUGGGCUGGCUGCUCUGAGUGCCCUCGCACGAGUCCGUCGUAAUGUUCUGCUUGUAGACUCUGGUGUCUACCGAAACGGCCCUACUAGACACAUGCACGAUGUCCUUGGGUUUGAUGGAGUUCAACCGGCCUACUACCGCUGGGCAGCCCGGAAACAAAUUUCCCACUAUGGUACUGUUUCCAUGACCAACGGAACUGUCACCAAGAUCAAACCUGAGCAGAACAACACAUACUUCACUGUAACUGGUACAUUCAAGGACAACAAGAAGACCACCUUCACCGCCCGUAAGAUCGUUCUCGGAACCGGAAUCAAGGAUCUUAUCCCAAGCACACCAGGUCUCCAGGAGAACUGGGGCAAAGGAAUAUACUGGUGCCCAUGGUGCGACGGCCACGAGCACGCGGACCAGGCUCUUGGCCUCAUCGGUCCCCUAUCCAGCGUCCCCGGCACAGUUCGCGAGAUUCUCACUCUGAACAAAGACAUAAUUGCCUUUGUCAAUGGCACUGAUACUCCUGCGAAUCGUGAUGCCACAGAGCUGUCCAGCCCCAGGUGGCAAGAAUACCUCAAACUUCACAAAGUAAAAGUCGAGAACCGCAUCAUUGCAUCGAUUGAGCGUCUGAAAGACGGCUCUGAUCACAGCGCAGACCCCAGUUUGCCCACUGCCCCCGAGAAAGAUCUCUUCCGUGUCCACUUCACAGACGGAAAGUCUGUUACUCGCGCUGCCUUCUUGACCAGCUUCAAGGACGAGCAGUACUCCAAACUCGGACAAGAGACAGGCGUUCAACUGUACGGCACAAAGUUGGGCGUCGACCCUACCAAGGGUCUUGUCACCAACGUCCCUGGGGUUUAUGCUAUUGGCGAUUGUAAUUCGGACAAUGUGACAAACGUGCCACACGCUCUGUUCAGUGGAAAGAGAACUGCUGUCUAUUUACAUGUGCAAUUGGAACGAGAAAAUGCUGCCGAGGAACUGGCUGGUUUGAACAAGACGAUGAAGCGAAGCGUUCACGAUGAGGCUCGCUCGCUUUGGAACAUCAUGAAUGGCGAGAAGCGUGACUUGCUGUAUGCUGGACCUUUUGACCAGUAA